CAGAAGCCGCCACCGAUCAGUUACUCGCCACAGUCGCGACGCGGACAACCUCCGUUCGACAAAACGCGGUUCGAUUGUCAAGAACGCACGGAAAAUCUGAGCUGACAGUUAAAGAUCACAAAAAGAUCAAGUUAAGUCACAAAAAACUGUAGCAUUUAAGUAAAUCAAUCAAUCACAUGCUAGCUUUCUUCAAAAGAAUGCCGAUCUUUGAUUGGUUGAUUGAAGUUUCUUUACAGCCCGGUUCCACUUGCGAUUAUCGACGAUGAUACGUGCGAUGACCUGGGUUAUCUGACGUUGAUAAGAUCGGUAUGUUCUGAAGUAAGCAAACGAAACUGUCCAUGGAAGAAAACGCCAACGUGACAAAGUGCACGAUUGGAUGAUUUUGACAACUUCAAAGGUGCUGGAUAUUGACUUUGGUUAGCCAGCUUGAGAAUUUCGACGGCUUUACAGCUCUAAAUGCGACACCGAGAGCGCGUUCGUCGGCUCUCAGGAAUCGCAGUGGUGUUCGCAAGCCGGGUAACUUGACGGAAGGAGAGAGAACAGCGGUCGUCGGUUUCCGUAUCUACGUGUCAAACACUUAAGCGAGGUUAGGGUUUGUUCUUGUUUGCAGCCGCGAUGACGAGCCUACGCGACCGUCAGAUUAACGCCCUGAAGCAGAUGCUGAAUCUGAAUCAGCCGGAGUCGAGGCUCGAGGAGGCGAUGCCGACGUGGAAGCUCCUCAUCUACGACCGCCUGGGUCAGGACAUUAUCUCGCCGCUGAUUUCCGUGAAGGAAUUGCGCGAGCUCGGUGUCACGCUGCAUAUGCUGCUGCACUCGGACCGUGAUCCUAUUCCCGAAGUACCGGCUAUCUAUUUCUGCGCGCCCACAGACGAGAACCUCGGCAGAAUCGGCCAGGAUCUGCAGAACGGUCUGUACGACAUCUACCAUCUGAACUUCAUCUCUCCGAUUUCCCGGCAGAAGAUGGAGGACCUCGCGACCGCGGCGCUGCUUGGCGGUGUCGUUUCCAAUAUCCACAAAGUGUUCGAUCAGUAUCUGAACUUCAUCAGCCUGGAGGAUGACCUGUUUAUCCUACGCCAUCAGAACAGCGACGUGAUAUCCUACCACGCGAUCAAUCGCGGUGACGUCAAGGAUAGUGAGAUGGAAUCCGUAAUGGAGAUUAUUGUAGACUGUCUGUUUUCAGUAUUUGUCACACUGGGCACCGUGCCGAUCAUAAGAUGUCCCAGAGGCAACGCCGCUGAGAUGGUCGGUAAGAUGAUUGACAAGAAACUACGGGACAACGUGUGGGACGCGAGGAACAACUUGUUCGAGGUUGAGACAACAGGUCACUACAGUUUUCAGCGGCCUCUGCUCAUUGUGCUGGAUCGCAACGUGGACAUGGCAACGCCGCUUCAUCACACGUGGACGUAUCAGGCGUUGGCACACGACGUCCUGGACAUGGCGUUGAAUCGACUGGUCGUGGAAGAGAGCGUAGGACGGUCUCCCACCGGCGGUACGCGCUCCAAGACGCGCGCCUACGAGCUGGACAACAGAGAUCGCCUGUGGAGCCAGCACAAAGGCAGUCCGUUCCCUCGCGUGGCCGAGGUUAUUCAGGAAGAACUGGAGCAAUAUCGCACAUUCGAGGAGGACGUCAAGAAACUCAAGUCCACAAUGGGCAUCGACAACGACAGCGAGGUAGCGCUGUCCAUGGUGUCUGACAACACCGCAAAACUGACCAGCGCUGUGAAUUCGUUGCCACAGCUGCUCGAAAUGAAACGGCUGAUCGACAUGCACACGUCUAUGGCCAUGGCCAUUCUUAACGUCAUCAAAUCGAGAAGACUGGACAUCUUCUUCGAGCUGGAAGAAAAGAUCAUGAGCAAGCAAACGCUCGACAGGAGCGUGCUGGACACCAUCAGCGAUCCCGACUACGGCACUCCCGAGGACAAGCUGCGCCUCGCCAUCAUCUAUUACAUCUGCACGAAUAUGUCCGACUCGGAUUACGUCAAGCUGGAAACGGCUCUCACCGCCGCGGGCUGCGACCUGAAUCCGCUGGUGUAUAUCAAACGACUGCGCAGCUACACCAGAAUCGCCGAGAUUCAAGGCAGCUACGAGGGCGGCGGCACCAAGACCGUCAGCAUGUUCUCCAAGCUGAUGACUCAGGGCUCGUCGUUCGUCAUGGAAGGUGUCAAGAAUCUGGUGGUGAAGAAGCACAAUCUGCCAGUUACCAAGAUCGUGGACGAGCUGAUGGAAUCCAAGCAAUCGUCUCGCACCGAGGACUACCUUUAUCUGGACCCGAAGCAGCUCAAGCACACGGACCAGAUGCCGAAGAACCGACCGACGUUUCAGGACGUGAUAGUCUUCGUGGUCGGGGGCGGUAACUACAUAGAAUAUCAAAACUUGGUGGACUACGUGAAGCAACGAAGCGGCGCCGGAGUGAACAAACGUGUCAUCUACGGCUCCUCGACCCUCGUCAACGCCAAGCAAUUGCUCAAGCAACUUUCUCUGCUCGGCCAGGAAGCUCAGUCGUGAACGGGACUCGAUACGCAUUUGUCAUUUCCUCUUCUUUUUCUUCUCCUCUCUCUCUCUCUCUCUCUCUCUCUCACACUCUCGCUCACUCGUACGUUAUCUCCUCACAUUUUACUUUUAAUAAUCUAUUAUUAUUAUUAGAUACUCAUAGCUCUUGUAUAAAGUGUACGAUAUGAAUAAAAGUCGAUUUGUUAUUUUCA